AUGUUGCUGAUUAGCAAUUACGCGACUACGUCGCUGCAUAGAAACCAAGGCCUAGUGCGCGCGGGCUCGGCGGAGUCGCUGCUGGCGCUGUCGCGCGCGCGCUCGGCCGCCGUGAGCACGCGCGAGGCGCCGCCCGACGCGCCGCACGCCUUCCGCCUGGCCGACGCCUCGCCGCGCGAGCUCACCUUCGCCUGGGACAUGCCCGACUCCGCCACGCACGGCACGCUGCGCCGCUUCGUGCUGCAGUACGCGCCGUCGGACGCGCCGGAGGCGGGCGCCACGGUGGUGCUGCCGCCGGAGGCGCGCUCGGCCACGGCGGCGGGGCUGGCGGCGGGCCGGCUGUACGCCGUGACGCUGCGCGCCGAGACCGGCGCCGGCGCCGGGCCCGCCGCCGCGCUGCUGCAGCGCGCGCCCAUCGCCGCGCCGCCGCCGCCGCCGCCGCACGCCACGCCGCAGGAGCUGCGCCGCACCACCACCACGGUGGUGGUGCGGUUCCGCGCCAACCUGUUCUCGGCGGCGAACGGCAACGUGACGGCCUACACGCUGGUGCUGGGCGAGGAGCCGCGCGCCGACACGCCCGCGCCGCUGCCGGCCUGGCGCGACGUGCAGCGCCUGCCCGUGUGGCCGCCCUACCAGGUGACGGAGCCGUACUACCCGUUCCGGUCGUCGGAGGUGGAGGAGUUCACGCUGGGCGCGGAGCGCUGCGAGGCGGAGGGCGCGCGCUACUGCAACGGGCCGCUCAAGCCCGCCACCAAGUACUUCGUCAAGCUGCGCGCCUUCACCGCCCCAGACAAGUUCACCGACACCAGCUACGCCGUGCUGCACACCGACGUGGACAACACGGCGUGGAUCAUCGGCGCGUGCGUGGCGGCGGCGCUGGCGCUGGGCGGCGGCGGCGUGCUGCUGGCGCUGCGAUUUAUGGAUUUCAUUGAAAACGUACGUUUCUCGCUCUGCAGGUUUAGCGAGGAGUUCGAGGAGCUGAAGCACGUGGGGCGCGAGCAGCCGUGCACGGCGGCCGACCUGCCGUGCAACCGGCCCAAGAACCGCUUCACCAACAUCCUGCCCUACGACCACUCGCGCUACAAGCUGCAGCCCGUGGACGACGAGGAGGGCUCGGACUACAUCAACGCCAACUACGUGCCGGGCCACAACUCGCCGCGCGAGUUCAUCGUCACGCAGGGCCCGCUGCACUGCACGCGCGACGACUUCUGGCGCAUGUGCUGGGAGUCGGGCUCGCGCGCCAUCGUCAUGCUGACGCGCUGCGUGGAGAAGGGCCGCGAGAAGUGCGACCGCUACUGGCCCUACGACACGCGGCCCGUGUACUACGGCGACAUCGCCGUCACGGCGCUCAACGAGUCGCGCUACCCCGACUGGACCAUCACCGAGCUCAUGGUGUGCCGCGGCUCCGAGCAGCGCGUGCUCAAGCACUUCCACUUCACCACGUGGCCCGACUUCGGCGUGCCCGACCCGCCUACCACGCUCGCCAGGUUCGUCCGCGCGUUCCGCGAGCGCUGCCCGGCCGACGCGCGGCCCGUGGUGGUGCACUGCAGCGCCGGCGUGGGCCGCUCCGGCACCUUCAUCACGCUGGACCGCGCGCUGCAGCAGCUGGCCGCGCACGCCGACGCGCUCGACGUGUUCGGCAUGGUGCACGCCAUGCGCCGCGAGCGCGUGUGGAUGGUGCAGACGGAGCAGCAGUACAUCUGCAUCCACCAGUGCCUCGUGGCCGUGCUCGAGGGCCAGGACCUGCAGCCGCCGCACCACAACCCGCACCACCACCACCACAACCCCGCCUUCGAAGACGACGAGGGCAUCGCCGAGUCCGGCAUGUGAGGCGCCCCGGCCCGGCGGCGACCUGCGCGCUCGAUCGAUCGAAACCGUCGACCGCGCUUCCGAGAACACCUCGCUUGUACGAUAGCCUUAAGAUUUUAUACAGAAGUAUUUUUAUAAAAUGUAUAUUUAACACAGUGGACCGACACUUUAAUCGAUUGUACAUAAGAUUAAUUUUAUAUUAGUUUAUAAGACGACGUGCGAGGGCUUCGCUCCUCGCGGUGAUGGACGUCGCCGGUCGCCGCGAGCGGUUCGCCUGUACGUUACUUAAUAUGGCAUCCGACCGGCUUCAUGUGCGUCUGAAUGAUUAUAUUAUUGUUACACUUAGAAAAUUUGUAUUAUGUAAGUACCUUGCUAGAAACAAUAAUGACAGCUUGAAUCUCAAAAUUGUACUUAAUUAAGUGAAUAUCUGCUCAAUGAUCGACUGUGUUACGAGACGUUAGUUUGAUGAGCAGCCGUCCCGAGCCAUCGGCAGUUCCGCAGGUACUUGUUUCGUGACAUUCCUUAUGCACAGUAUGUACUUAAUUUAAUUUAACGACUUUGAUAUAGCAUACUUUAAAAUGCCAUACAAGAUAUUUUAAAUAUGUACUAAUAAAAAUGUUCUAUGUAUUCAUUUUAACCUGAGAAAUUAUAUUUUAAGAUUCUAUGUUAUAUUUUUCAAAAUAAAAGGAAUAUUUUUGUCGUGA